CCAACAUAAGAAUUAAGAACCAUUCAGUGAUCACUAAAGAGAGAGAUCGAGUAGUAAAAUAUGGCCCCUACUACUUCACUUUUCAAAGUGCUCCUCCCAAUCUUCUUCAUAAUCCUCGUCUCCGCAAUAAUUCCUCAAGCUCAUUCGAUAUCCGAGAGUGAUGAAUGCCAGUCUGAAACUACCAACUCCUGCCACGACAAGGCAGGAGCUGUGCCCCUCAAAAUCAUAGCCAUUACUUCAAUCCUGGUCACCAGCAUGAUCGGUGUGUCCUUGCCACUCGUCACUCGCACCGUACCCGCAUUGCACCCCGAUCGAGACAUAUUCGUGGUCGUCAAGUGCUUUGCCGGUGGCAUUAUUCUUGCCACGGGGUUCAUGCACGUUUUGCCAGACUCUUUUGACAUGUUGUCCUCGAAUUGUUUGGAUGAGAAGCCGUGGCACAAGUUCCCUUUCACUGGGUUUGUUGCUAUGUUGUCUGCUAUUGUGACUAUGAUGGUGGACUCCAUGGCUACUAGCAUAUACAGCAGGAGAUCAAAAGCCGGAGUUAACCCCGAUGCUGAUGGUGUUGCUGCAGCCAUUGAGGGAGAUCAAGAGAUGGCUGUGGCGGGUGGCGGCCAUGGACAUUUUCAUUCACACAAUCAUCAGGUCAAAGGAGGAAGCGAGUCACAGUUGUCACGCUAUCGCGUUGUUGCCAUGGUAUUGGAACUGGGAAUUAUUGUUCACUCAAUUGUUAUAGGGCUUUCUCUUGGAGCUUCAAACAAUACUUGCACCAUUAAAGGUCUUGUAGCUGCCCUUUGCUUCCAUCAAAUGUUUGAAGGCAUGGGCCUUGGUGGUUGUAUUCUCCAGGCUGAGUUCAAGUUCAUGAAGAAGGUAGUACUGGUGUUCUUCUUCUCAGCAACAACCCCAUUUGGAAUUGCACUGGGAAUGGCCCUGUCAAAAAUGUACAAAGAAAACAGUCCAAGUGCAUUAGUGACAGUAGGACUGCUGAAUGCUUCUUCAGCUGGGCUCCUCAUCUACAUGGCUUUGGUUGAUCUUCUCUCUGCUGACUUCAUGGGUCCAAAGUUGCAACGCAGCAUCAAGCUCCAGAUCAAGUCUUACAUGGCGGUUCUUUUGGGUGCUGGUGGCAUGUCUCUGUUGGCAAAGUGGGCUUAAUUAAGAUCAUAUGUGAUCAACUAUAUAUAUAUAUAUAUAUAUAUAUAUAUAUAUGUUUGGUUUGAAUAGAUCAUGUCUCCCUCAAGCUUAUGGAAGUUCAUGAUCCUUUUUUCGAAUGUUAAAAUCAUGAACCUUAUGUUUUCACAAAAUCUUUGGUUAGCUCAAGUCGGUUUUAUAUGUGUGUUGGAUCAAAUAGUCAA